CGCGCAUAGCGGAAUAACCCGAAAUUGUCACGAAUGAAGCAUUCGGCACCACUCGCCCGUCUCCGUAGACUGUGAGAACAGUAAUAACGCGAAUGCGAACGAAGAUGCUGAUUAUUCGUCAUCACUCGUGUCUUUCCGUCAGCCCCCGAUAACUGGACAUCUGUGUGCUGUGUGGUUUGCACGACAGUGCUUUCCUCCGACCUGACGUACACUUGUGAAGUAUAGUGAAGACAGCUUCACCCUGUGCAGUGCAAAUUACGAUUGCGAUAAGAAGAUAGAGGCAGUGCAAGGGAACACAAUGGAGGACGUUGAGAGUAAGUUUGGACGGAUAAAUGAAUAUAUUGAGGACGGUGAAGAAGAUCUCCUGUUUGAAUAUAUAAGAGAUACGGGCAUCAAAGCAUGUGACUAUAAUGAAGAUCUACAUGAGACCUAUCCGUUAGAUUACGCUGCCUCAAUGGGAAACGUGAGCGUAUUUAAGUAUCUUGUGAACACAGGUUACUCAAUCGAAGGAGAGGUAAUCCAUCCAAUUUACGAAGCAUGCUCGAAGGGGCACCUGGAACUGUUGAAAACCCUUGUUGAAACCUACAACAUUGAUCCGUCAAAGCCAGAUCCAUAUGGCUCAACCCCAUUGUCAAUUGCAGAAUCCGAAGGCCAUUUGGAUUUGGUGAAAUAUUUGGUUAGUAAAGGAGUUUCAAUACACGCGACAUUCUCGGAUGGUGAGUUUGAGGACGCCACACCACUCCACCACGCAGCAGUGGCAAAUGCGACAGAUAUUUGUCAGUAUUAUAUAUCUCUCGGCGCCGAUUUGGAAGCUAAAGAUAAGCAGGGGGCCACACCAUUGUACAUGGCAGCCGCCUCGAACACCGAGGAAACGUGUCCGGUACUAAUUGAUGCUGGAGCAUGUGUGGAGGCCAAAAACUGUGAUGGGCAGACACCUUUCUUUGCAGGAGUCAAAGCGUUAGCUACACGACCAUGGGAAGACGUUUUGAGCGUCCUUCGACUGCUUUACUCCAAAGGUGCAGACCCCGAGGCUAAAAACAAUGAAGGGAAAACACCUCUGUACCAUGCCAUGUCGUCCUACAGUCUCGCUUAUUACCUAAUGAUAGAGCUGAAUAUAUCGCCAGGAGGAGAUAAUCCCGACGUUAGGACUCUUUUUAAUCUGGCCACAAAAGCAAAGAAUCUCGAUGUUUUGAAUCUUCUUGUUAGUCUUGGGUACAAUCCAGGAUUGAUUGAGUGCCUUGAUGACCACGAACAUCCCCUGCAUCAAACAAGCAAAGGGAAAGAAGUAAUGCUGAGAUUGAGGGAGAUUGCAAGCAAUCCAAGGACUCUUCAAGAACUCAGCUGUUUUGUUGUCAGAGCACAACUCGGGAAGGACGUGGCAACAGAUGUUAAAUCUCUUCCUGUAGCAGAGAGUGUUAAAGGAUUUGUGAGGCUUUCCCAUAUACCUUCUACAGUUGACUAUGAUUUUGAUGCCCAAAUGGAUGAUGACGACAUUUCAGGCGCCGAGGAAGAAGGAGAGGAAGUGGAAGUGGAUGACGAGGAUGACGAACUGGAAAACGGUUCUCAAGAAGACGAAGAGGAUGGCGAGGAAGAUGAUGAUACCCAUGAUCAAGAUGAUUCUAAUUAGCGGAAGGAAGGAGAGGACGAGGAUGAAAUACUUGGGCACAAUGACGAAAACGAUGACGAGGAACUAUCCAACAAUGCGUAUUAUGAAAAACGUAACAGUAGCAAGGUAUAACAUUACCAAUGGCCACACGUCUUGGUGCGUAAUGGAAUGAACCUGUAAGAGCUCUAACUACCUUUCUGACAUUUUCUAAGAAUGCCUGUCUGGCUUUAAGAUGUCAGUAACACCAGCUCCAACACCUGUAUUUCGGAUGAAGACCAUUUGAUCAAAAUCAUCCUAAGUAUAAGAACACGAGUGCAUUACUCCAUGAACGUGAAUUGAAAACCUAAGCUUAAGACGUAAAUGAUGAUGUUCGAAACAGUUGAAGGCUUUUAGUCUCAACACCUACGUGUCUGUCAUAAGCGUUUGAAUCAUUCGUGAUUUGAGUCGUAAGUCAUUUAGGCAGUGCAUUCAUUCAUCAUAAUGGUUCCUAAUAUCCGAAUGACAAUAGUUUCAUUCUGGAAACAAGGAUUGAGCAAAGGAUGUGUGACUUUCUGUGAGACUUUCGUAGUGAAAGAGAUGUUAUUAUCUACCUUAAGUCAGCAUUAAUGGGUCAGAGAAUACUGGUGCUUUCAACAAACGGCGACGGGACAUAUGCAGUCUAUGUUUGUUUUUCCUUGUGUCUUAAGUAUUUGUCGGUGGUACAAGUAUGUCAUUUAUUCACCAUGAAUACAGAUGGUUGGGAGGAAUAAAUAUUUGAAAGAAACAGGAUACAAACAAUGUUCAGUGGUAUGUAUAGCUAACUCUUUUACUGAUGAGCGAUAUGGCUGAAAUAUUGCCGAUGUGACGUUAAAUAAUAACUCACUCACUCACUCACUGAUGAACUAAAAUAGUUAUUCUUCCGUUUUGUCAAAACUGACAAAUGAUAUAAGUUCUAGGAAUUAAAACUUACGCCUUAAUUCGUCAUAUAUGUAUGUAUGUAUGUAUGUAUGUAUGUGUGUGUGUGUGUGUGUGUGUGUGUGUGUGUGUGUGUGUGUGUGCGUUAUCUGUGUAACAAGGCGUUAUAAAAGAUUAUCCUUAGUCUUAGCAAUAGUUAUACAAUACUCAUCCUAUUUAGAUUAGAAAUGUACAUCGGAAACUUCACCAUUCUCUUUUCUACGCCUUGUGAUCAACCUUGACAAUGAAUGUAGUAAGUCCUUAAAGAGGAUGACCUAUAGACGUUGGAUAUAUAUUUAUCAUCAUAAUGAAGUUCCUGAUGCAAAUUCAAAUGAAUCGUAACAAGCAUACUGUUAAAACGGACCCUUUGAAUUGUCGAAUUACUCUAGAAAUCUAGUAAUCUAGUAAUUACUGUAGUAAUCCAUAGGAUGGUUUUGGCAGUAAUGACUUUCUCCUUUGUAUAUUGAUAUUCACGUGUCUUGAAAUAAAAUCCAAAGUAUCUCGUU